AUGGCUCCCGUUCAAGUUCAAGAUAAAUAUGAUGCAUCCCAAUUUCAAACUGCUCAUGGUGGUAAAACUAAAAGAGGUUCAUUUACGGUAAAUUCUGAAAACCAAACAAGAGCUAAGUAUCCAGAAUAUUUACCCACUUGGAAUCCAAAUGACAAAUACCCACCGUAUAAAUUUAUGAAAUUUCAUGAUAAAGGUUUAUUAGCUGAUUCGCAAGAUUCUACAUAUUCACAUUUAUUUGCAAAUAAAUCUAAUUCUUUUACAAAUAAACGAUUAUCACCAAAACUUGGUUCAAUCAUUGAUGGAAUUCAAUUAUCAGAAUUGUCAGAUUUGGGAAAAAAUGAACUUGCUAAAUUUGUUACAGAACGUGGUGUUGUUGCAUUUAAAAAUCAAAAUUUUAAUUCUAAAGGACCUGAGUUUGCUGUUGAUUUUAUGAAAUAUUUUGGUCCUUUGCACAUUCAUCCAACUUCUGGUUCACCUGAAAAUUUCCCAAAUAUGCAUAUUACAUUUAGAGGUGCUUCACAACAAGAAUUGGACUCGGUUUUCAAAAAUUCAAAUAACUCUAUUUCAUGGCAUUCUGAUUGCUCUUAUUCUUUGAAUGGGCUACAAUUAACCUUGUUUUCUGUUUUACAAUUACCUGAGUCUGGUGGUGAUACUUUAUUUGCAAAUUGUGUUGAAGCGUAUAAUAGAUUAAGUAAAGAAUUUGCAGCUAGAUUAGAAGGCUUGCAUAUUUUGCAUUCAUCCAAAGAACAAUUUGAAAAUCAAAAGAAAAAUGGAGGGAUCUUAAGAAGAGAUUUUGCCGAAGAAAAUAUUCAUCCAAUAAUAAGAAUAAAUCCAUUAACUAAACAGAAGUCUUUAUAUUUGAAUAAAGAAUUUGGCAGAAGGAUAAUUGAGUUAAAACAAGAAGAAUCUGAUUAUUUGUUAAAUUUUUUGUACGAUCAUUUAGAGAAAUCACAAGAUUUGCAAGUUAGAAUUUCAUGGGAUGAAGAUACUAUUGUAUUGUGGAAUAAUGCAACCACCAUUCAUACACCAGUUGUUGAUUUUAAUGAACCUGUAAUAAGACAUGCUUAUAGGAUAAGUGUAAUGGGUGAAAGACCAAUCAAUGAUUUAAAAAAUUUAAAUGAUGAAAACUAUUUGAAAGAAAAAUAUGAAAAAUUGAGUAUUUAG